CAUAUUCUUUAUCCUUUUGUACAGGAUAGGAAUCUGUGUAGUUUUUUUUCUCAUUUGCAUAUUUAUUCUUGGUUAUCUCUUGCUAUACAGGCUUGUUCUAGAGCCAUCUUUAAUAAGAAUGUAAUCACUUGUGGGUUUAUCUUUUUCUUGUCCUUCACCUUGGGAGUAAAUUAUCACUCUUUUAAGUCAUAUCAACAUUAUUGGACUAUGAUCUCAUAUAUCACCCAUAUUUCUGUAGAGAAUAAUUUUAAGGGGAAUGAAUUUAAGUACACCAAUAUAACAUUUGCAAUUUAUACUUUGUAGAUGAAUAAAAUCUGAAUUUUUAUUGCUUUAGUUUUUGUAGUCUAGGCAUUUUUCUUUUCAGAAAAACAAUUUAUGUUAUUGUGCAACUAAUGGGAGUUAAAUAUGCUCCAUAAUUGUGUACCACACAAGUUGCCUCCAAUCCUUUUUUUUUUCCCAACCCACAAACUGAAGAAACUGAUGGUUCAAUGUCUUGGGGGGUUGCAGGAACAUUUUCAAACCUAAUCUUUCAUUUUGCUGCUGUCUAAUGAUUAUCACAAGGAGCACUUGCCUUAGGAAUAUCCAAUUCCCAUUCUCCUUAUUAUCUUCUACAUUAACUCAUUCUAUUUCUGUGAAAUGCUCCCUUCCUCUUUCUUUGAUAUGUUUGUCUUCAAUGGAGAAACCAUCCUUCUCUAUCAAAAGAUUUAAAACCACAUCUGACCAUCAAGAACAGUACUGGCAAGGCUCUGCAGAAGAAUCUUACCUUAAAGAACUUGUUGCUAAAGUUCGUGUUGGGAACAGCGAAGAUGAGGUUUUGCACCGUCUCCUCCGGGACCAAACUUGCCAUAAUAUCCAAAUCUCAAACCAACUUGUUGAUAAAUUACUUUUUAGGUUCAGUGACGACUGGAAGUCUGCAUUAGGCCUUUUCCAAUGGGCAGGAUCAAGGUCAGGCUAUAAACACACAACAGAAGCAUAUGAUAAGAUGCUGGAUAUAUUGGGUAAAAUGAAACAAAUGGAUAGAAUGUGGUUGUUGGUGGCAGAAAUGCGUCAGAGCCAUCUCAUCACACUUAAAACAAUUGCCAAGGUCAUUAGAAGACUCGCUGGUGCUGGGAGAUGGGAGGAUGCUAUUAAGACAUUUGAUGACUUAGAAACUUUAGGCUUGGAGAAGAACACGGAAUCCAUGAACCUGCUGCUUGAUACGCUUUGCAAAGAGAAGAAGGUUGAGCUUGCUCGGGAGCUCUAUUUGAAACUUAAAUCACACAUUUCCCCAAAUGCUCACACUUUUACCAUUUUCAUCCAUGGUUGGUGCAAGGCUAACAGGAUCGAUGAAGCGCAUUGGACGAUUCAAGAGAUGAAAGGACAUGGCUGUCGCCCUUGUGUCAUCAGCUACUCAACAAUCAUCCAAGCCUAUUGUAACCAAUCCAACUUCCGUAAGGUGUUUGAGCUGCUUGAUGAAAUGAAAGCUCAAGCGUGCCUUCCAAAUGUUGUCACAUACACCACUAUAAUGUAUUCACUUGCUAAAUCAGAUGAAUUCAAAGCAGCCUUGCAAAUAGCAGAGCAUAUGAAAUCAAUUGGUUGCAAACCUGAUACACUUUUCUACAAUGCUUUGAUUCAUAUAUUAGGCAGAGCUGGCCGAGUGCAAGAGGCUCUUCGUGUUUUUGAAGAGGAGAUGCCCAUGAAUGGAAUUGCACCAAAUUCUUCCACUUACAAUACAAUGAUUGCCAUGUUCUGCCAUCAUUCUGAAGAACAAAAUGCAUUAAAUAUCUUAAAGCAGAUAGAGAUGUCGACUAUAUGCAAGCCUGAUCUUCAAACAUACAAUCCAUUACUCAAGCUGUGCUUUAAAACUGGAAGUACUGAUAGUAGUUUGGGGAAUUUAAUUGAUGAAAUGGUUAAUAAGCACCAUCUUAGCCUUGAUCUUUCAACUUACACACUUUUACUUCAUGGGCUCUGUAGAGCAAACAAAUGUGAGUGGGCUUAUCGUAUCUUUGAGGAGAUGAUUGGUCAAGAUAUAACCCCCAGAUAUCAAACUUGUAGUUUGCUUUUGGAUGCUGUCAAACAGAAGAAUUUGGAUGAUAUUGCUGAGAGGAUUGAAGAUGUAAUGAGGAACAUGAAGGCCUCCAGUUAAGUGGAAGAGAGAAACAUGACAAGUUGAAUGUAUUUAUUUAAUGUCUUGACAAGCGUUAUGAUCUUCUGCUUGUUAUAUGCAAAUU